AUGGAACGCUUCCCAAAAUGGGUUAGAUCUUCACAUCAAUAUAUGUCUCCAGCGUCUCUAAAAUCAGCACAUAUGUCUCCAGCGUCUCUAAAAGCAGAACAUAUGUCUCCAACGUCUCUAAAACAAGCACACAUGUCCCCAGCGUCUCUAAAAACAGAGCGUAUGUCUCCAGCUUCUCUAAAACCAGCACAUAUGUCUCCAGUGUCUCUAAAACCAGCACAUAUGUCUCCAGUGUCUACAAAAACAGCACAUAUGUCUCCAGCUUCUCUAAAACAAGCACAUAUGUCUCCAGUGUCUACAAAAACAGCACAUAUGUCUCCAGCUUCUCUAAAACAAGCACACAUGUCUCAAGCUUCUCUAAAACAAGCACAUAUGUCUCCAGUGUCUACAAAAACAGCACAUAUAUCUCCAGCUUCUCUAAAACAAGCACACAUGUCUCAAGCUUCUCUCAAACCAGCACAUAUGUCUCCAGUGUCUACAAAAACAGCACAUAUAUCUCCAGCUUCUCUAAAACAAGCACAUAUGUCUCCAGUGUCUACAAAAACAGCACAUAUGUCUCCAGCUUCUCUAAAACAAGCACACAUGUCUCAAGCUUCUCUCAAACCAGCACAUAUGUCUCCAAUGUCUCUAAAAACAGCGCACAUGUCUCAAGCUUCUCUAAAACCAGCACAUAUGUCUCCAGUGUCUCUAAAAACAGAGCAUAUGUCUCCAACGUCUCUAAAACCAUCACAUAUGUCUCCAGUGUUUCUAAAGCCAGCACAUAUGUCUCCAGCUUCUCUAAACACAGAAUAUGUUUCCAGUUUCUCUAAAACCGGCACAUAUGUCUCCAGCGUCUCUAAACACAGAGCAUAUGUCUCCAGCGUCUCAAAAAAAAAUCACAUAUGUCUCCAGCGUCUCUAA